UCUCAACCACUGUUCAACGAUGGCAUUUGCUAGAGAUAGGAUCAACGCCUUCCCUGAGGGCAACUCACUCGUCGAGUACAACCCUCAUAUAAAUAAGCUCCUUGUUGUGAACAGUGUGGGGAUUUUGAAGAUUUUUAAAAUAGAUAACCCUGAACUAGAGCCUACAUCUGUUGAUGUGCUUGAAAAUUUAACAAGUCUUUCUUCUUCUAACGACAAGUUAUUGGUCGCCAAUACGGCUGGACACUUGGAAUUAGUAGACUUGAAUACCAACGAGUCUAAGGGGAUUGUUUACAGAUCUGAGUUGCCUUUGAGAGAUUCUGUUUUAAUCAAUGAAGGUAAACGUCUUGUUUGUGGAGGAGAUGAUGAUAAGUUGAUCAUCAUCAACUUAGAAGAAGGUAACUCCUCCUCCUCCAUCAAGCUUCCUCAACAGGUUGUCAAUAUCAGCUAUUGUAUGAAUGCUGAGAUCUUAGCAGUCAGUUUAUCCAAUGGUGAUGUGCAGAUCUACUCAACGAUAAAUGAAGAGCCCAAUUUGCUCGAAACCUUGAAAUCAGCCGUUUCAAGUAAAAUCCAUUCUUCUAUGGAUGAAAUCGACUAUUCAGACGAUCAUAAACAUGAGUUGGUUGCCACAAAAUGUCAGUGGCUUAGGAAUGGUGAAUUUUUGUUGACACCUAGCUCCGAAGGAAUCAGAACCUACAAUAGAGACUGGGAACUUGAAAAGGAAUUUAAAUUUGGAAAUGAUGCUGACAGUAUCAUUGACUUCAAAGUAUCUUCCAAUGGUAGGUCUGUAGCUGUGUUAAACAAGGAUUUCAAAGUUGUGGUAUUCGAUUCUGUCUCUGGUGAUGUCACCAAUAAGUUUGACUUGGAAAAUAGUGAAGACUUGUUUAUCAAUUUGGAGUGGUACAAAGACCAGCUCUUUCUUGGUAGCAAUAAAGGUGUUGUCACACAAAUCAAGGAUUUCAUAGACUCUGCUUCAAAGGGAUCUUUGGGUGAUAUUGAUGAUGAUGGUGGGAGCAACACGGAUGUGUUAGCCAGUAAUUCUGAUGCUGAACCAAACGGUAUUAACAGAAAUGCAUUUGACGAUUCUAUUAUAGAUGCUGAAGAUGAAAGCGAUGAAGAUUUUCCCUACUACAACAAAGAUGUUGGAUCUGUUUUGGAUCGCCAUAAAAAGCGUCAUAGAGGUAAUGAUGGUAAGAUUACAAUUAGUCAAUCAGCUGUUGAAGGAGAUCUCUUGCCAUACUCACCUGGUUCGACACCCUUCAGUAGAUCUGCUAAUGUUGAAAGGCGUUAUUUAACUAUGAACUCGAUUGGUUAUGUGUGGGUGGUUAAGACUGAUGAAACGGAAGGUCUGCAACAAAGUAUUACCGUUUCUUUCUUUGAUAGAUCAGUCAACAAAGAUUAUCACUUCAAUGAUUACCACAAAUUUGAUUUAUGUGGCAUCAAUCGUCAUGGGGUGUUAUUAGGACACUCCAACUACCAAUCAAGUAAGUCAUAUGGCUCAUUGUACUAUAGAAGUCAUGAAAGUGACCAAGAGAGCUGGGAUAAAAAAAUCCCUUUACACACCGGAGAGUAUCUUACCUCCAUCUCCAUAACUGAUAACGAAGAUUCCAUUGUGGUUGUGGGAACUUCCCUUGGGUAUUUAAGGUUCUACAAUCAGCAGGGCUUGUGUGUGAAUAUCAUCAAAGUCAACCCAAUCGUUUCUGUCAUUGCAUCAAGUAUCAACUCCAUUUUCCUCGUAUCUCGGUUGUCAGUUAACUUGUAUUCCUUUUCCAUUAUCAAUUGUUAUGAUUACAAGUUCAUUCAGCAAGAUGCUAUAUUACCGUUGAAAUCAGAUUGGAAGAGCCCAUUGAUAAAGGGGAUCUUUUUCAAUGAAUACAAUGAUCCAUGCCUUGUUCCAGGAAAUGAUGAUACUUUGAUGAUUUUGUCGUCAUGGAGAGAACCAUCCAACAGUAAGUGGAUACCGAUUUUGAACUGUGCCCAGGAAGUGACCGAUAAUAAUAAUGCCAGUAAGAAGAACUGGAAGUGUUGGCCAUUAGGAUUAUUCGGUGACAAAUUAAACUGUAUUUUGCUGAAGAAUAAUGACCAAUACCCAGGGUUUCCGUUAGCCAUGCCGAUUGAACUCCUGAUCAAGAUGCCGAUUAACCACAUAGACACUAGUCAAUCAGAACAACAAGAGGACGAAGAUUACGAAGAAAACUACGUGAAAGCUAAAGCCAUGGGCAUAAUCACCAAUGACUCCCUAACUGAUCAAGACUACCAAGAAUUCAACGACGAGAUCAGUGACAAGUUAGCCUACUAUAGCAAUUUGUUUGACAAAUCCUUGUUAAAAUUGUUUGCUGAUACUUGCAAGCAAGGUAAUUUACCCAAGUCAUACUCCAUUGCCAAAUUGAUGAAGAACGAUAAGGCAUUAAUUGCAGCCUCAAAAAUUUGCCAGAGAUUUGAGUUCAAUAAUUUGGCCGUAAAAAUCGGUAAGUUGCGGGACAGUUUGGUUGAUUUCGAUGAUGUAGAAUAAAGUUGUGUGAAUUUUUUGCAUGAAUAUAGUACAAGUUGUAUAUUUGUUAAUAUGUACAGUCAAACCUGACUUAGUUGAAUUGUCUCUUAACGAAAUGGAAAAUGAUGGGAACUACCCACAAGGUACCGGCAAUGAUACCGGCUGUUUUCAAAGUGUCGGUGGCGUACUGUUCUUGAAUUUUCUUCUGCUCUUCAGAAACUUGUCCGUCAAACAUUGUGAUUUGGUUUACUUUCAGAGUAAUUGCUCGAAA